AUGGUCGAAAGAGAGGAGGAAAAAAUAACAUCAUUUGACAAAACUGGUGAGGAAGACAGUGAAGGAGGGAUAGGGGAUGGCAAUGCAAAGGAAGUUCCCGAAGAAGAAAAGCGAGAGGCCGAAGGUGAAGAAACCGCAUGCUUAGAAGCGGUACACCAGGUGUCAGCCGAGGAACCAGUGGCAAGUAGUGAUGUAGGAGCCGUUGGUGAGUACACUGAGGCCAAAAAACUACCUGAGAAAGUUACGGAGAACGUAGAGGACGAAGGUGAUGAAGCAAUGAAAACCCCUGAAAAAGAAAAAGCUGAUGUUGACCUGAGCAAUGCGGAGCCGUUUACUUAUGUCGGUGGUCAGGCAAGCGGCAACAGUACUCUGCCUCAGAAAGGUGAGGAGAAGCGCGUCCCACAAUUGUCUCAGAGAGUGAAUGAGAGGGAAUACAUUGGGGAUCCACGAGUGUGGGGGCUUUUUGCAAGUCGAACUGAACCGAGAUAUGAACCCAUUAACCGAGCAGUGUACCGAGUUACAAAGGAUGAGUUCAAGAUAUUCCAAAGGGCUUUAAAGGAAAAUACGAAGAAGUGCGUUCGAAAUGCGUGA